AUGAAGUUCACAAUUUCUAUUUUAAUAUUAUUCUCCUCAUUUCAAAUUUGUGAGAGUGUCAGAAAACGAGAUUCAAUUUCAAUCGAAGGUGGACCUCCAAAUAUUUAUAAAUUUAUAUCAAAUAACGCAUAUAUUUGUGAGUUUUAAGAAACUCAUUCCAAAAAUUCCACAUUUUUUGGCGCUAACUUGUCUGACCCAUAUAAGAUUGCGCAAGAUUGACAGCUAAUAGAAAUUCACCAUAAUAAAAAUGUUGGAGACAUAAAACAGCGGGACGUUAGACAUGAAUUUUUUAUCGUGGAUUUUAGAAAAAAAUGUCUGAUAAAAAUAUAUUAGAAAUUUCGAAAUAAUCUUCAUUUCGAAACCAGUCUCAAUUGAAUAAUGCAACAAGUUGUAAAAUGCACCCAACCAAGACUUUUCCAUAACCAUAAACUCAAUAUUGCUUUUCUUCUGACAUAUUUUAAUUUUUACAGGCAGUCCUGUUCAAUUACCCGAUGGAAGUUUGGUGACGUUUUUGACUGAAGAACAAGGAGUAAAAUGUAAUGAGUGUGAUGCGGUAAGUUCAAAUCGAAAAGGAAUUUUUGAAUAAAAAUAGGGAACAACAAUUAUUCGGUAUGAAACGUAUUAAUUCAAGCAAUAUUCACAUCAAGUUUAAAAAUAAAUGUUGAUUUUCGUGUUUUUUGAAUGAAAGCAAUCUUUUAUGUGUUGCUGUGAACAUUAUUGAUUUUCUAAUCACAAUAUUUUCAGCCAUCAUUCGAUAAUGUUGAAAAUGCCUGCGGUGUUCGUAUAAAUGGAAAUCGAACCGAUCCAGUCACUUGUUUUGAACGUCUGUUGUUAUUUUUUUCCGAGAUUCUUUUUUUCUCCUUAAAAUUUUUACCAGUUUAUUUAUGCGUUUAUUUAUUUGUUUAUUUUGCAGUUCCUCCAUUGUGUGUUGAAGAAUACACAUUACGAUAUGCGGAACAUGAAAAUUUUCAAAAUAUUAAGCAUCGAGAUGAAGAGGAUGAAGAAAUGCUUGGGGGUUCGGAAGAGAUCAAAGAUAUUACUGCAGUCAAGUUCUCUGAUCUGCCGAUUGUGAAGAAUCUGAAGUUGCGAGAAAUUGAAAAUCUCACAGCUGUAGUAACCACAACAGAAAUCCCGUCGACGACUGGAUUUCUUGAAACAACUACAGAAGUAUUAACAACAUCAACACUUCCACCUACAACUUCAACGUUUGCAACAACAUCCACAACAGAACAAAAUCUUCCAGAGUUACCUGAAAAUGAAAAUGAUCUUGAAGAAGAUGAAAACGCGGAAAUCGAAAUGAGCUCUGAAGAAAUCUCAAGUGGCCAACCAGAAAUUCCAAAUGAAGUUUUCGAUGAACCCCAACAAAAACGAAGAAAACUAUUUAUUGGAACAACAACCCUUCCAACAACGACUAUUAAAUCCACAACACCUUAUAUUUGCGAGGAUAAACAUAAGGUACUUUUUUAGAAAUUCAUAGAGAAAACUUUGAUUGGGUGAGCAGAAGAAAAUAUAUGAAUUUUCAGCUGUGCUGUUUCUGGGCCACAACAGGAGAAUGUACUAGAAACCCGUUUUGGAUGCGAGUAAAUUGUGCAAAAACCUGUGGAACUUGCGCUUGUCCAUGUGAGUUUUUCUAGUAUUUCAAGUAAGUUCAUAAAAACUGUUUUCAGUGAGUGAUGCGGACAAAUGUGUUUCAACUGGAAUCAAAUGCACAAUUCCUACGACCACCACAACCACAACAACGACUACAACGACGACAACUCCGCCACCAACUACCACAACGUUACCAACAACUACAACUACAAAAAAGACAUAUACUCGACCGUUUACACCACCGAAAGAAGGAUUCAUGAGAACACAAGCAACAAAAUCGACAAAAGCAAUUACAACCACAACUAUGGUAAGACUAGAGAACAUGAUUGGUGAAUUCACUUGAAAAAGUUUGACUAUAAGAACAUUUAUUUUUGAAGUCUUAUCAAAAAUAGGAUCGUCUCUGGAAAUGCCUCGCAAACUUUCUGAAAAUCUUCUGUAUCCUACAUUUAACCUAAUUUCAGAGAGUUACAACUCAACCUACGACGACAACGACACGAACAACAACAGUGAAAACAACCACAACCACAGAAGAUCCCUGUAAAGAUCAUUAUAAACAAUGCCCAUUUUGGGCAACUCUAGGAGAGUGUAAAAAGUUAGUUCAAUCUAACCUAAUCUAAUCCAAGUUGUUUUUCUAGAAACCCAUUCUUUAUGCGACCAAAUUGCCAAAGAUCUUGUCAUUCUUGUGAAGAGCGUGUCGACACAGUUUACGCACCAACACCAAGACCAGGAUGUGAUAAUGGUCAUAAAUUCUGUAACUUCUGGGCGUAUGAAGGAGAAUGCUCGAAAAAUCCGAAUUAUAUGCUACCACAUUGUCGACUCGCUUGUAGAGUUUGCUAA